AACAAAAAGUUCGCGAACUCGAAGCAAUUUAGAACAAAAAAUUCGCGAACUUGAAAUUCAAAAUCGUGAGCUUUUAAGAAAACUAGAAGCUACUAAAAACUUUAUUACAAAUCAUAGAGAUCUUAACGAUCAAUUUAUUCAUAAUAAUUUUUCAUAA